AUGACAUCAAAGCAGAAAACAAGCAUCACCAUGACCUCAAAGCCCUUCAAGGAUGAUAUGGACAGCUCGAACAACAGCCACACUGAAUGUCUCGACGAUGACCCCAGCUUCCGCCCAAGCAUGUUGCAAGUUCACAGGCUCCAGUCAGUGGAUGAGGAGGCAGUGUUAAAAGAAGAAGAGGCAGAGGUCGAACAUCCCUGCAAAAGUAAAGUGAAGUACGUCGUCGGUGCUGCAUUCUUUGUGGUCGUUAUCAUAUUUGCAGUCUUCAUGAUCAGCAGGGUGAAGAACAGUACCCUAGCCUCCUAA